AUGAGCUUUUUACAAUAUAAGACUUACAUUGAAGAAGGCGAUCUAGUUAUCGCGUAUAUAACUCGCGAGAACAUGAUGCCUUUAGUUGUGAAUCCGACGAUGACAUAUAAUAAUAAAUUUGGUACCUUCAAGCAUUCGGACAUGAUUGGGAAAGAAUACGGCUCCAAGAUUUCAUCACAUAAUGGACGAGGAUUUAUGUAUCUUUUACAUCCAACGCCAGAAUUAUGGACACACGUUGUACCUCAUCGAACACAAAUUUUAUAUAUCGCCGAUAUUUCUUUUAUUACAACAUAUCUUGAUCUAAAACCUGGAUCAAUUGUCUUGGAAUCAGGAACUGGUAGUGGCUCAUUUUCACAUUCUUUGACUAGAACAAUUGCACCAAAUGGUCAUUUGUAUACUUUCGAAUAUCACGAGGAAAGAGCAAAAGCUGCCAAGCAAGAUUUUGAAAGACAUGGUCUUUCUGAUUUAAUCACCAUAGAGUGUAGAGAUGUUUAUAAGAGUGGAUUUGAAAUAACUGAUACAGUACAUGCUGUCUUUUUGGAUUUGCCUGCACCUUGGGAUGCUAUUGCUUCAGCCAAAAGAGCUUUUAAGCAACGACGCAUAGGGAGAAUUUGUUGUUUCAGUCCUUGCAUAGAACAAGUACAACGGACAUGUGCUUCUUUAAAUGAAAAUGGAUUUGUCGAAAUUAAAAUGUUUGAAUGUUUAAUCCGUAAUCAAGAAGUUCACACGAUUCCUAUUUAUACUGUAAAAGAUGCUGUAUCUAAAAUAAAAGCUCAACAAGAAAAGAAACGUAAACGUAGAGAGCAGGAUGGAGAAAAAGAUCAUACAACCAAAUCUCAACAUAAGCAAGAACCACCAAAUUUGUAUGUAUCCAAAACACCCACGGAAGCCAGAGGUCACACUAGCUAUUUGACCUUUGCUACAUUUUUACCAAUUUUAGAUGAGUAA